UCUCGGCUGUUCCCUGUGAGCCCUUGGACGCCACUCGAGAUGUCCCCUUUUGGUGGCUGGGGACUGCUCUCGGCCUUUCUUGCCCUGCUCUGCUGCACAGGGUCUGGCGAGGAGGCGUUCGAGGUACGCAUGUGGCCAGAGCAGCUGAUGGUGGAGUCCGGGGAGUCUCAGGUGAUUAACUGUAGUACCACCUGUACGCAGCCCAACGCCGGUGGUCUGGAGACCACCCUACACAAGACUCUCCUGGAGGAACAGGCUCAGUGGAAGCUGUAUGAGGUCUUCAACAUCUCCCAGGACACAGAUGUCAUUUGCCAUUUCACCUGCUCCGGGAAGCAGGAGUCCAAGAGUCUGAACAUCAGUGUGUUCUACCCUCCAAAGCAAGUGCUGCUGAAGUUAUGGCCCACUUUAGUGGCUGUAGGGAGAUCGUUCACCAUCCAGUGCAGGGUGCCCUCUGUGGCACCCCUCGAAGGUCUCACUGUCACCCUGCUCCAUGGCAGUGAGAUCGUAUACAGCCAGACCUUUGUGGGGACAACACAUUCCCCCCAAGAGGCCAUGGUCACCCACAACACCACGGCUCACAGGGAAGACGACCGCCACAACUUCUCCUGCCGGGCCGAGAUGGACCUGCGCUCUCGCGGCGGGGACCUCGUUCACAGCGUCUCAGAUCCCCAGGCGCUCGACGUCUAUGAGGCUGCACAAGACACCCAGAUGGCGGUCAUCAUCACGGCCGGGUCAGUGCUGCUCUUCUUGUUUGUGACGUCCGUCCUGCUGUGCUUUGUCUUUGGGCAGCAGUGGCACCAGAGGCGGACAGGUACCUACAGGGUUCAAGCUGCUUGGAGGAGGCUGAGGUGGGCCUACCGGGCAUAG